AUGAAGCGGAGAGCGGGAAGCAGAGCGCCCGGCGUCUACAGCACCAGCACAACCAGGACUUCGGCAGUUCAGCUUUUUUAUCAUCAGAGGAACUUCAUAAGCUUAAGAGAGGCUCUACUCGAAUUAUCAGACGAAGAGAGGAGGAAAUUCAAAGGAAUUUAUGCUGCCUCAAAGAAAGCAUUUGUUGCUCUUGGGGACCAGUGCAGUAACUGGCAGGAGAAAAUCAUUGCUCUGGGUGCUGAUGGGGCUGCUAAUUUGGGCAGCAAAGGGGGUGUCAUAACCCUUCUGCAGCAAGAGGCAGGUGACCACAUUGUGCCUUUCCACUGUAUGCCUCACAGAUUGGAAUUGGCAAUGUUGUCAGUGCAGAGGGACAAUCCAAUGAUGGGACAAUUGUACGACCUUCUACAUUUAAUUUGGAAGACGUACCAUUUCAGCCCAAAAUCAAUGAGAGAGCUGAGGGUCAUUUGGGCUGACUUGGGGGUAAAUGUGCUGAUGCCCAGUGGGGUGAAGGGGACAAGGUGGCUCCCACAUGUGUCAAGGGCCCUGGAGACCUUUCUUAAACCAGGACAGUUCACGGCUGUGUACUACCAUAUGGACCAUUUGGUAGGCUCCUCUGCCAAUGCAGACAUUGCAGGCCGAGCUACAAAGGCCAGUGCAUUCUUUCAGAAUAUUCCUUUCAUUAGAGACACUUACGCCAUUGUUAUUGAUUGA